ACGGCUAACACCUCAAGAUAUCAAAAAGCAAUUACUUAGUUCAAAUGUUUAUUUUAGUCUCUAGGGUCAUUAAAUAUGAAGAUCAAUAUGUUUAUGAUGUAAUUCUGUUUGUCUAUAUCGUUAUUCGUUUUGUUGAUAACGAGACAUUGCGGUGAUGCUGCGAUAUACCCCGACCUCGUCUUGAACUUUGAUAAACAUGUUUAUAGCAAAUAACUCAUUUACUACGUGAUCACUAAAACACUUGCGCUCUCUAGUUACAUCAGUCAGGCUAAUGACAUCGAACGAUAAUCACGAAAGCGUAGCGGAGGGAACUCGGAAAUUAACAACUAAGGAAUCUCCAAGAAUGCCGAACAUCAAAGUAUUUAGUGGGAGCUCUCACCCAGAUUUGGCUAAGCUGAUCGUCGGCAGACUCGGUCUCGACUUAGGCAGAGCAACUUUGAAGAAAUUCAGCAACAAGGAAACUAAUGUCGAAAUAGGAGAAUCAGUAAGAGGUGAAGAUGUGUAUAUCGUACAAAGUGGUUGUGGUGAAAUCAACGAUAAUCUCAUGGAGCUAUUGAUUAUGAUAAACGCUUGCAAAAUUGCAUCGGCAUCUCGUGUAACGGCAGUCAUUCCAUGUUUUCCUUACUCCAGACAAGAUAAGAAAGAAAAAAGUCGCGCCCCGAUUGCUGCUAAGCUUCUCGCUAAUCUGAUAUCAGUCGCUGGUGCCGACCACGUCAUAACUAUAGACUUACACGCCUCUCAAAUCCAAGGUUUCUUCAAUAUACCUGUGGAUAAUUUAUACGCGGAACCUGCUAUAACUAAGUGGAUUAAGGAUAACAUUCCAGAAUGGGAGAGCAGCGUUAUGGUUUCUCCAGAUGCUGGUGGAGUAAAGCGUAUGACGUCUAUAGCAGAUAGACUUGAUAUUGAUUUCGCAAUCAUUCACAAAGAAAGGCAAAGAGCUAAUGAUGAAGAUUCAACUGUUUUGGUAGGCGAUGUGAAAAACAGAACUGCAAUAAUGCUUGAUGAUUUGGCUGACACAUGUGACACUAUCGUGAAAGGUGCAGAGAAGUUACAAGAAGCUGGUGCUAAUAAGAUAUAUGCUAUUCUUACUCAUGGAGUUCUAGCUGGUAAUGCUAUUGAUAAAAUCAACAAUUCGUGUCUGGAGGCUUUCGUUGUGACAAACACGAUACCGCAGGACAGAAAUAUGAAAAUGUGCCCGAAACUGCAAACUAUGGACAUAUCGGUGAUGUUAGCAGAGGCCAUAAGAAGGACUCAUUACGCUGAGUCUGUUUCAUACUUAUUUACUAAUGUACCUUACUGAUAAGGUGUAAAAAUAAAAAGAGACGAACCGAUUGACUCGUGUAAUAUAAUUUAGUUUAACAAAUAAGAUUUUUAAAUAAUAAAACUUGGAAAUUGAUGGUAAA